AGUGCGAGAGAGGGAGACAUUGCGGGACAGUGAGAGAGAGAGAGAGAUACGUUGAUUGACACCUGGAGUGUCCUGCAGUAAAGAUGUGUGUGGGGAGAUCGUUUAUAUAUAGCGGCGCGUCCGGGCACAUUGUUCAUAAUUGCCACUCUGAAGCCCACUGCGCGGCUCAAGUUGAAGGCUACCGCAGUUAGUACCGCCAGGGAUAGAACAAAGCAAGCCUUUUCGGAAAAAGGACGACUAAAUGCAUCAAUAACACGAAUUUGCUUGAAGACACCCAACUCUCAAGUUUGAACUGGUUUCAUUUUGACAUUUUGAACUAAUAUUUGGGCACAGUGCGAACGCCAAGCACAUCGGGACAUCAUGCACUGUCAAGCCGAGUUGAGACUCUCCUCCUCCGGGCAGCUGAAAGCAGCCAGGCGUCGCUACAAGACUUUUAUGAUUGACGAAAUUCUUUCCAAGGAAACUUGUGAUUACUUUGAGAAACUUUCUCUUUACUCAGUAUGCCCUUCACUCAUCGUUAGGCCUAAACCUCUGCACUCAUGUUCGGGAUCCUCCUCACUGCGGGCCUACCCCCUUCUCUCAGUCAUCACGCGGCAGCCCCCCAACAUGCCUCCUCACCUCUCCCAGCCCUCAUCUCCCGGCCAGGUUCCCCACCUGCCCCUGCUCUCCCCCCAGCACCACUCCCGGGUCUCCGAGGCCUCCCACAGCGAGACACCUGUCAGCAUCAGCAGCGAGUCAGACACGGAGCACAGCACCACCCGACUGAAGAAACCCAGACGCAGCCGCACCAUCUUCACUGAGCUGCAGCUCAUGGGCCUGGAGAAGAAGUUCCAGAAACAGAAGUACCUCUCCACCCCUGAUAGACUAGACCUGGCCCAAUCCCUAGGCCUCACACAGCUUCAGGUGAAGACCUGGUACCAGAACAGAAGGAUGAAGUGGAAGAAAAUGGUGCUGAAGGGAGGACAGGAGGCCCCCACCAAGCCCAAGGGCAGGCCUAAGAAAAACUCCAUCCCCACCACCGAGGAGAUAGAGGCAGAGGAAAGGCUGGCCAGGCUGGCUGAGGAGGAGAGAAUGAGGAUGGCAGCCGAAGAGGCCUUGGCCGACAGAGAAGCUCCCCAGUCGGAACCCCAUGACCUCAGCACGGUCGCUGGGGCUACAGAGACCUACAAUCCCACGGCGGUGAGCGAGGGUCGAGAGCAGCAAGUGCAGUCACUCCCGAUGCAGUCAGAGACACAUGCUGCCAGCUAAAGAAGACAGUUAUUCAUGUCUGAAUGAAACAGCCAAAGACUGGCGCUGACUGGAAAACAGAAGCACUUACUGUUGUGCCUCAGGAUCACUGAAAAAAGCCUGUCUGGUGUAGAUUAGUCAGUCGUGUUUGAGGUUUGACUAGAGUGGGUGACAUUCAUAGGUACGGUAGAUCAGUUUGGUUUUGCCAUAUCACUUUUGCCAUAUACUGGAAUAAAAUGGUGUUUUAAAAAGAGUUUACAUGUAGAGUUAGGUGUAUAUACAAAUGAAACAUCCAGAAUUGUACAGUGCAUUUUGUCCCUGUGUUUUUGUUUUCCUUUUAGAACAACAUUAUCACCUCCCCAGCCUCAGACCUGCUUGUUUACUGAGAGAGGACUCCUUUAGUCACAUGCUAUCCAGUUUGCCUGAGUGUUGUAGCUAUAUGUAAAUCAAUACUGUGCCACAGAUAUAACACAAAAUGACCACACUGGUCAUAGUGCCUUUUUAUCUCAGAGGAUAUAACAAGCUUUACCAGUCUAGAAACACCAAGGUUUAUUAAUACCAAAUUCAUAUCAAGUGUUCUUUAACAGUGUUUUCCUUUUGCUUAUUAAAAAGAGCAACACUUUGGUAAUUAAUUACUAUAUGCUCUGAAUUACAGUUAACACUGCCAUUGUACUUAUUUUGUCAAGCUUUGAAGGGAAUUGUAUUUCUGUCCAUGAGCUACAGUAUUGUCUUGUUUAUUUGGUCAAUUAACUUGUGUUGUGUUGCUUUACAUUGUAUAGGUUUCCAAAAAAAAAAAAAGUCAGAUAACGAUAUACAGUACCAGUCAAAAGUUUGGACACCUACUCAUUCAAGGGUUUUUCUUUAUUUUUUGUACUAUUUUUUACAUUGUUGAAUAAUAGUGAAGACAUCAAAACUAUGAAAUAAAACAUAUGGAAUCUUGUAGUAACCAAAAAAGUGUUAAACAAAUCUAAAUAUAUCUUAAUUGCUUUGAGCCAAUCAGUUGUGUUGUGACAAGGUAGGGAGGGUAUACAGAACAUAUCCUAUUUGGUAAAAGACCAAGUCUAUAUUAUUGCAAGAACAGCUCAAAGAAGCAAAGAGAAAUGACAGUCCAUCAUUACUUUAAGUAAUGAAGGUCAGUCAAUAAUAAAGUUUAUUCAAGUGCAGUCGCAAAAACCAUCAAGCGCUAUAAUGAAACUGGCUCUCACGAGGACCGCCACACGGAAGGAAGACCCAGAGGUACCUCUGCUACAGAGAAUAAGAUCAUUAGAGUUACCAGCCUUCGAAAAAAUGCAUCACAGAGUUCAAGUAACAGACACAUCUCAACAUCAACUGUUCGGAGCAGACUGUGUGAAUCAGGCCUUCGUGGUCGAAUUGAGUUGCUUGGGCCAAGAAACACGAGCAAUGGACAUUAGACCGGUGGAAAUCUGUCCUUUUGUCUGAUGAGUCCAAAUGUGAGAUUUUUGGUUCCAACUGCCAUGUCUUUGUGAGAUGAAGAGUAGGUGAAUGGAUGAUCUCCACAUGUGUGGUUCCCAUCGUGAAGCAUGGAGGAGGAGGUGUGAUUUUGUGGGGGUGCUUUGCCGGUGACACUGUCAGUGAUUUAUUUAGAAUUCAAUGCACACUUAACCAGCAUGGCUGCCACAGCAUUCUGCAGCGAUACGCCAUCCCAUCUGGUUUGCACUUAGUGGGACUAUCAUUGUUUUUCAACAGGACAAUGACCCAAAACACACCUCCAGACUGUGAAAGCGUUAUUUGACUAUCGAGAGUGAUGGAGUGAUGCAUCAGAUGACCUGGCCUCCACGAUCACCCGAUCUCAACCCAACUGAGUUGGUUUUUGAUGAGUUGGACCGCAGAGUGAAGGAAAAGCAGCCAACAACUGCUCAGCAUAUGUGGAAAUUCCUUCAAUAAUGUUGGAAAAGCAUUCCUCAUGAAGCUGGUUGAGAGAGUGUGCAAAGCUGUCAUCAAGGCAAAGGUUAGCUACUUUGAAGAAUCUAAAAUAUACUUUGAUUUGUUUAACAUUUCUUUGGUUACUACAUGAUUUCAUAUGUGUUAUUUCAUGGUUUUGAUGUCUUCACUAUUAUUCUACAAUGUAGGAAAUAGUACAAAUAAAGAAAAAACCCUUGAAUGAGUAGGUGUGUCCAAACUUUUGACUGGUACUGUAUAUAUACAGUAUACGUCAAGGGUUCUAUUUUCAUUUUGGAAAAAAAUAGAGUGUAUCUGACCUUUUAACUUUCUAUUUUGAAACUGAGGGUGGAGGGGUUUUACUGCCACGAGGGAAGUCUCUUAAACUGUCAGAGACUGUAGAAAUGAAUAAAUCACACCCUUUGCCAAAGAAACAAGGAAACUGAGAAACAUUUAAAAUCUUUUAAAGGUUUUCAGCCCGCAGGCCAUUGCAUCAACGGAGCAGUCCUCUAACUCUGUCUUACAGACUCCCCACAUAAAACUGUCUUCAGCUGCUUGUCAACACUUUGAUUUUCCGCUUUGGCCUCCUGUUGUUUCCUUCUAAAGAUGUCUUUUUGUAAAGAGUUCCUUUUUUAAAACAAAUAAUCUAUAUUUAGUUUGAUAUAAACUAGUACAGUAUUUUUCUGAUGUAAAUAAUGCUUGUUGGUAAGCUACUGAAUAGUUUUCUUUUGGCAUGGACAACACAAUGCUGAUUGUUUUAUUUUUACCAUAUACAAGGUGUGUUUUGUGUAUUUAAAUACACUUAAUAAAAUGACAAUGAUUUCCA